AUUUGAGGCGCUCCCGGGAUUUACCGAGCAUGCCCAGUGUCCGCAGGCUCCACGGAGGAAACGGAUAACAUUGGAGUCAUACCGAGCACAGCCUGCUGCGCCUCAGUGCGACUUUACAGCUGGCUGUAAGGUUAGGAACAACUGGCGCUACCCCCUUUUUUAUGUCCGAACAAAUACUUAUUAUAUCAUCUUUUACAAGAUUUUUAAAAACUCCUUAUGAUUUUUAUCGGGAACUAUUUUUAUAUUUAAAAAAAAAAAACGUUUUUCUUUGAUUGGAGGAGUUAAUUUGCGCGUAUAAAAGUUUUUAGUUGAAGUGUGAGCCUUUAGCAGCUCCGUGUGGUCGGGUCCUCCACGUCGUGCUGUGGUCGCAAUUCCUUUUUUUCUUUGCGACUCGGUUGGAAGCAACAAAAAAAAAGCUGGUCUUUUUUUGUUGCUGUUGUUGCUAAACUGUUUAAAUGCUUGUUACGAACAUGGAUCUGUUGAAUUAUCAGUACCUGGACAAAAUGAACAACAACAUCGGCAUACUCUGCUACGAAGGUGAGGCGGCGCGUCGAGGUGAUCCCAUGAUGCACCAAUCCAUGUCCUUGUCAUCGUCUGGCGUCACCAACCAUAGCCACCGGACGGGCCCUCCUCCCAUCAGCCCCAGCAAGAGGAAGUACAGCCGUAGCCACAGCACAGGACAGGACCAACAAGACAAUGAUGACCAAGACUGUGACAACCAACACAUGGCCAAGAUGAGCCGGCUGUUUGCUGCACAGCUAGGCAAGCCUUCCAAUGGCGACUUCCGUAGUACCAAGGACCCUCGGGACUGUAGCCGCAGCCCCGUGGAACGAGCCGCCGCCCCCUCCACGGUUCUCCAUGGCAACCACCACCUGUACGCCCCACACCACCACAUGCCCAACCUGGCCAUGGAUCAGCCUCUCGCCCUGACCAAAAACAACAUGGAUGCCGCCCGUACCUUUGUCAUCUCACCAACCGUCAGCCCUGUGGAACGCCAGCAGAAUCGUCCGUCAGUGAUAACGUGCGCUCCGACAAGCAACCGUAACUGUGACCUGUCUCACAACGGCUGUUCCAACAACCUCCCUAACAACUACAACUCCAACUCUGCGUGUGUUGACCCGGUGAUCGAGGAGCAUUUCCGUCGCAGCCUGGGGAGGAACUACAAGCAGCCGGAACCAGUCACUAACUCUGUGUCCAUCACCGGCUCUGUGGACGACCACUUCACCAAGGCCUUAGGAGAGACCUGGCUGCAGAUCAAAGCCAAAGGAAGCUCCUCCUCCUCCCCUGACUCCUCCCCCAACAGUCACAUGGUCAACCACAGCCACUCUCCAUCCAUUGUGUCCUGAAGGGAGUGGCUUAGUCUCAACUAGUCAGACACAGCUAAAACCCGCCCCCCCCCCCCCAUCCAUUACUCACUGUAACACCACCAGGCUGGUUGAACUGCCCUGCUGGAGAGCUACUGGCUAGGCAGGCUGUAUUCAUUUUUGCUCCAGCCCUGUUGUAACUAACACCUGAUUCAGCUAAUCAAGGUCCUGAUGAACAGCUGAUGUAGAAGAAUCAGUCAUAUUCAUGAGGCACCAAACUUUUUUUUUAAAUUUUUUUUCAUUUUGUGUUGCAAAAAUAUUUAGUUGUCGUGUGCACUAACAAAUACGACCCAGGUGUGUUUCAGAGCAGGGCUGGAGCAAAACCCUGCGUGUCCAAUGUAUAUCCUUCCAGGAAGAGGGUUGGUCUUGUUCCCUGGUUGAAGACUACCCUGCAUGAUUUAACCCCGCUGAGAGCUGUGCUGGUAGCUAGGGAUAUAGCCAUGUGUAUAACCAUGGAAUAAGGCAAUAUAUAUAUAUAUAUAUAUAUAUAUAUAUAUAUAUAACCAUGGAAUAAGGGAAGCAUUUUAUUUUGUCAACGUUUUGACUUUAGUCAUUUUAUUUAGUUUUGAAUUGACUUUUUAUGUUGAAGUAGGUUUGCGUACUUCUUUCUGUGUUAUUGGAUGCCAGAGAUUUUGAAAAGAAAAUCGAGAAACGGUUUGUUUGUGUCCAAUGAGAUGAAUGGAUUCAAUAUGGAGACGCAUCCCAA